UCUGCAAGACGUGCUGCGAACCGCUCGCGGAAAAGAUCUAAAUUGCUGAUUUCAAUGCUAAGGAUUACGAUGAAAUCGCUUGACAAAAGCAAAUGGAUAUCAAUUAAAAAACCAUGUGAUCGCAGUGCAAGUUGUCAAUUCAAACGGAAAAGCGGAGUGGAAUCUGGUUUAAAUAUGCGAAAUAUGUGAAAGGCAAAUAAAAUUAGCCGAGAGGAAAGCCAAAGUCCUCAAGGAAAAUAACUCAAUAAAUAAAAACAAAAGUUUCAAAGCUGUAUAAUUAUUUCGGUGACAAGUCAGUGCACAAAAAUCGAAAUUUCGCUAAAAAAUAUUUCGUAACAAAAACUGAGUGAUGAAUAAAUAUAAAGAAGUCAUAAAUUAUACUAAUGAAAAAUAAGUUGUUUGAUAAAAAAAAAUUUAAACAAUUAUAAAGUAGAAAUGUCAUUCAUUAAGAACUAAUUUCCCUAUCAAAUGAAAAUAACAGAAAUUAACCAUUCUUUGCCUUAAGUGUAUGUGCACUGAAUUGUGUCAUUAGGAAACAAGUUUAUUUUACAAAGAAAAUAAAAAAAAGUCACAAACUGUGAAAUCCAAUUAAAAAUGAAACAUCUCGUCGUGCUUUGCAUAUUUUCACUCUUUGCCAAAGAUGCUCAAACAUUGCUUCUAAGCCAAAUGGAUUGGAAAAAUCUGCGCAACAGUGGAGCCUUGGACCUAAAUGUACUGCGUUGCUUUUUGCGCGACAAAAACUUUUGUCCCAGUCCACAUAUCGAUCACCGACUGUAUGCUCCCAAUGGACCGCGACGAGGAAUUGCAUUAAAUGUGAAGAACCCACUGACUUUAUACAAAGGUGGUUUCAGCAAGAGCCGCGAAACCGUUUUUAUUAUUCACGGAUUCAAUGGGACGGCCAUCGACAUUCACCUCCAAUUUCUACGGGAUGCAUAUUUAUCGCGCGACUUUAACGUCAUCACCGUGGACUGGCGACCCCUGACCCGCUAUCCGUGUUACCUCCACUCGCUCAUCAACACCAGGCUUACGGCGCAGUGCACCGCCCAGAUCUACGCCUUCCUGACCCACUACGGAGCGGCUCGUGAGCGGAUCACCUGCGUCGGCCAUUCGUUGGGCGCCCACAUCUGCGGCAUGAUCAGCAACCAUCUGACGCGAAAGCAGUACCGCAUCAUUGGUUUGGAUCCCGCCCGGCCGUUAAUAGAGCGCAAGAAGAGCAACACCUUCCGGCUUUCGAUCGACGACGCCAACGUCAUCCAGGUGAUCCACACCAAUGCAGGAUUCCUGGGCCAGGAGGACAACACCGGGCACCUUAACUACUGCGUCAACGGAGGACGCAUCCAGCCCUUCUGCAAGGGAAAUCCCAUCAGAAGGUCACGUUGCUCUCAUUUUCUGAGCAUCUGCUACUUGGCCACGGCCACUUUUAAGCACAAGAAGUUCAUGGGGGUUCCUUGUCCUAACGGUUGCCUGAAUCUCAGUGGUUCCAAGAGACUGCCCGUUAGCGGAAAAGUAAAUCCCUUCGAGUUCGCCUCGCUGCUGAGGGAGUACCACAUAGGCAACGACGCUCCCGAUGACGCCCGAGGAUGCAUUUGCAUAGAUGUGCCGUAUGCCAAGCACUGCCCCUUUACGGACGCGUAG